CCGGCCUGCUGCGCAGCCCGGUCACCGAGUGGAACCUCGUGUGUGAGGACGGCUGGAAGGUGCCCCUGGAGCAGAUGAGCCGCCGCCUGGGCUGGCUGCUGGGCUCGGUCCUCCUCGGUGCAGGCUGUGACCGGUUUGGACGUCGGGCUGUGUUUGUGGCUUCCCUGGUGCUGGCCACAGGCCUGGGGGCCAGUGAGGCCCUGGCCGCCAGCUUUCCUGCCCUGGUGGCUCUGAGGCUACUUCAUGGGGGGGCCUUGGCGGGCUUGGGCCUGGCCCUGUACGUGGCUCGUCUGGAGCUGUGUGACCCCCCGCACCGCCUGGCAUUCUCCGUGGCGGGUGGCCUCUUCUCGGUGCUGGGCACCCUGCUGCUGCCCGGCCUGGCCCUGCUUGCGCAGGACUGGCGCCUUCUGCAGGGGCUGAGCGCCCUGGUCACAGGGCUCUUGCUCCUGUUCUGGGGGUUCCCAUCGCUGUUCCCGGAGUCUCCCUGCUGGCUGCUGGCCACGGGACAGCCGGCCCGAGCCAGGAAGAUCCUGGGGCACUUUGCGGGAGCCGGGGGCGUGGACCCCGAGGACAGCUCGGAGGAGGAGAGCUCCCUGGCUACGGGCACAGAACUGGAUCUGCCGGCCGCAGGGGGCCCCUGGCCCCAGUACCACUCGGUCCUGGAGCUCCGGCACACCUGCGUCGCCUGGAGGAACGGGCUCAUCCUGGGCUUCAGUUCGCUGACGUGCGGGGGCAUCCGGGCCAGCUUCCUGCGCAGCCUGACCCCGAGGGAGCCCACCUUCUACCAGCCCUACUUCCUGGGCGCUGGCCUGGAAGCAGGAGCCAGCGUGUUCCUGCUGCUGACGGGGAACCGCUGGGGACGGCGCCCAGUCCUCUUGCUGGGCGCCCUGGCCAUGGGCUUGGCGUCCCUGCUGCUCCUAGCCGGGACCCCGUACCUGCCAGAAUGGACCCUGCUGUGCCUCUCUGCCCUGGGCCUCCUGGCUUCCCAGGCCGCGUCUGCCGCCAGCGCUCUCCUGGCCGCUGAGGUCCUCCCCACGGUGAUCAGGGGGGCCGGGCUGGGCCUCGUGCUGGGGGCCGGCUUCCUGGGCCAGGCGGCCGCCCCCCUGGCCGACCUGCCGGGCCGGCGCGGCUUCUUCCUGCACCACGUGCUGUUCGCCUCCUUCGCGGUCCUGGCGCUGCUCCUUGUGCUGCUGCUGCCCGAGAGCCGGGGCCGCGCGCUGCCCGUGUCGCUGCGGGACGCCGACCGCCUGUGCCGCGCCCCGCUCCGGCACCCGGCCGGCCUGCCGCUGCUGCCGCCCAUCCCCUGCCCCGCGGGGCAGCCCCCGGCCCAGGAGAGCUGA